GCCUCCCUUCCCCCUCCCCGCCCAGCAGCGGUCGCUCCGGCCCCGGCUCUCGGUUAUAAGAUGGCGGCGCUGAGCGGCGGCGGCGGCGGCGGCGGCGCGGAGCAGGGCCAGGCUCUGUUCAACGGGGACAUGGAGCCGGAGGCCGGCGCCGGCGCCGCGGCCUCUUCGGCUGCGGACCCCGCCAUUCCCGAGGAGGUAUGGAAUAUCAAACAAAUGAUUAAAUUGACACAGGAACAUAUAGAGGCCCUAUUGGACAAAUUUGGUGGGGAGCAUAAUCCACCAUCAAUAUAUCUGGAGGCUUAUGAAGAAUACACCAGCAAACUAGAUGCCCUCCAACAAAGAGAACAACAGUUAUUGGAAUCCCUGGGGAAUGGAACUGAUUUUUCUGUUUCUAGCUCUGCAUCAACAGACACCGUUACAUCUUCUUCCUCUUCUAGCCUUUCAGUGCUACCUUCAUCUCUUUCAGUUUUUCAAAAUCCUACAGAUGUGUCACGGAGCAACCCUAAGUCACCACAAAAACCUAUUGUUAGAGUCUUCCUGCCCAACAAACAGAGGACAGUGGUACCUGCAAGGUGUGGCGUUACAGUCCGGGACAGUCUAAAGAAAGCAUUGAUGAUGAGAGGUCUAAUCCCAGAGUGCUGUGCUGUUUACAGAAUUCAGGAUGGAGAGAAGAAACCAAUUGGCUGGGACACUGAUAUUUCCUGGCUUACCGGAGAGGAAUUGCAUGUAGAAGUGCUGGAGAAUGUUCCACUAACAACACACAACUUUGUUCGGAAAACUUUUUUCACCUUAGCAUUUUGUGACUUUUGUCGAAAGCUGCUUUUCCAGGGUUUCCGCUGUCAAACAUGUGGUUAUAAAUUUCACCAGCGUUGUAGUACAGAGGUUCCACUGAUGUGUGUUAAUUAUGACCAACUUGAUUUGCUGUUUGUCUCCAAGUUCUUUGAACACCACCCAGUAUCACAGGAGGAGGCCUCCUUAGCAGAGACUGCCCUUACGUCUGGAUCAUCCCCAUCUGCACCCCCCUCCGAUUCUAUUGGGCCCCAAAAUCUCACCAGUCCGUCUCCUUCAAAAUCCAUUCCAAUUCCACAGCCUUUCCGACCAGCAGAUGAAGAUCACCGAAAUCAGUUUGGACAACGAGACCGGUCCUCAUCAGCUCCAAACGUACAUAUAAACACAAUAGAACCUGUCAAUAUUGAUGACUUGAUUAGAGACCAAGGGUUUCGUAGUGAUGGAGGAUCAACCACAGGUUUGUCUGCCACACCACCUGCCUCAUUACCUGGCUCACUCACUAAUGUGAAGGCAUUACAGAAAUCUCCAGGACCUCAGCGGGAAAGGAAAUCAUCUUCAUCCUCAGAAGAUAGGAAUCGAAUGAAAACACUUGGUAGACGGGAUUCAAGUGACGAUUGGGAGAUUCCUGAUGGGCAGAUCACAGUGGGACAAAGGAUUGGAUCUGGGUCAUUUGGGACAGUAUACAAGGGAAAGUGGCAUGGUGAUGUGGCAGUGAAAAUGUUGAAUGUGACAGCGCCCACACCUCAGCAGUUACAGGCCUUCAAAAAUGAAGUAGGAGUACUCAGGAAAACUCGACAUGUGAAUAUCCUACUCUUCAUGGGCUAUUCAACAAAGCCACAGCUGGCUAUUGUUACCCAGUGGUGUGAGGGCUCCAGCUUAUAUCACCAUCUCCACAUCAUUGAGACCAAAUUCGAGAUGAUCAAGCUUAUAGAUAUUGCUCGGCAGACUGCACAGGGCAUGGAUUACUUACACGCCAAGUCAAUCAUCCACAGAGACCUCAAGAGUAAUAAUAUUUUUCUUCAUGAAGACCUCACAGUAAAAAUAGGUGAUUUUGGUCUAGCCACAGUGAAAUCUCGAUGGAGUGGGUCCCAUCAGUUUGAACAGCUGUCUGGAUCCAUUUUGUGGAUGGCACCAGAAGUAAUCAGAAUGCAAGAUAAGAACCCGUAUAGCUUUCAGUCAGAUGUAUAUGCAUUUGGGAUUGUUCUGUAUGAAUUGAUGACUGGACAGUUACCUUAUUCAAACAUCAACAACAGGGACCAGAUAAUUUUUAUGGUGGGAAGAGGAUAUCUAUCUCCAGAUCUCAGUAAGGUACGGAGUAACUGUCCAAAAGCCAUGAAGAGAUUAAUGGCAGAGUGCCUAAAAAAGAAAAGAGAUGAGAGACCACUCUUUCCCCAAAUUCUCGCCUCUAUUGAGCUGCUGGCCCGCUCAUUGCCAAAAAUUCACCGCAGUGCAUCAGAACCCUCCUUGAAUCGGGCUGGCUUCCAAACAGAGGAUUUUAGUCUAUAUGCUUGUGCUUCUCCAAAAACACCCAUCCAGGCGGGGGGAUAUGGAGAAUUUGCAGCCUUCAAGUAGCCACACCAUCACGGCAGCAUCUACUCUUAUUUCUUAAGUCUUGUGUUUGUACAAUUUGUUAACAUCAAAACACAGUUCUGUUCCUCAGAUCUUUUUUUAAAGAUACAAAAUUUUCAAUGCAUAAGCUGGUGUGGAACAGAAUGGAAUUUCCCAUCCAACAAAAGAGGCAAGAAUGUUUUAGGAACCAGAAUUCUCUGCUGCCAGUGUUUCUUCUUCAACACAAAUACCACGUGCAUACAAGUCUGCCCACUCCCAGGAAGAAAGAGGAGACACCCUGAGUUCUGACCUUUUGAUGGUCAGGCAUGAUGGAAAGAAACUGCUGCUACAGCUUGGGAGAUUUGCUAUGGAAAGUCUGCCAGUCAACUUUGCCCUUCUAACCACCAGAUCAAUAUGUGGCUGAUCAUCUGAUGGGGCAGUUGCAAUCACCAAGCAUCGUUCUCUUUUCUGUUCUGGGAUUUUGUUGUGGAGCUCUUUCCCCUAGCCACCACCGGUUAAUUUCUGAGGGAUGGAAUAAAAAUGCAGCAUGCCCUUUCUGUGUGGUGCAUGUUCAGUCCUUGACAAAUUUUUAUCAAAAUGGAACUAUUUUAUUUAAAUAGAGGAUGAGAGGUGAGGAGGAAAUACAUUUUGGUAUGGAGGAAAAGGGAAUGCUGCAUCUUUUUCCUGACCUACUGGGUUUCUGGCCUUUUGUUUCCUUGCUCACUGAGGGUGUCUGCCUAACCAAGCAGGCUGGAAAGUGCUGGCACACACUGCCUUCUUUUCUCAUUGGGUCCAGCAAUGAAGACAAGUGUUUGGGAAUUCUUUUUUUCCUCCACAAUGUAGCAAGUUCUCAGGAAAAUACAGUUGAUACCUUCCUCCUAAGCUCUUCCAGUCACCAAAUACUUAUGGUGGCUACUUUGUCCAGGGCACAAAAUGCCAUGGCAGUAUCUAAUUAAAAGCCUACAAAACUGAUUGAUAACAGUUUUGAAUGUGAGACAUUUAUGUAAUUUAAAUGUAAGGUACAAGUUUUAAUUUGAGUUUCUUCUAUUAUAUUUUUAUUAAAAUAAUUUUCAGAUUUAAUUGAAUUGGAAUAAAAUAACUUCCCACCAGAAUUAUAUAUUCUGGAAAAUUGUAUUUUUGUUAUAUAAACAACUUUUAAAGAUCAUUAUCCUUUUCUCUACCUAAAUAUGGGGAGUCUUAGCAUAGUGACAAAUAUUUAUAAUUUUUAAAUUAAUGGUACUUGCUGGAUCCACACUAACAUCUUUGCUAAUAUCUCAUUGUUUUUUCCAACUUACUCCUACACUACAUCCUAUCAUCCUCUUUCUAGUCUUUUAUCUAAAAUAUGCAACCUAAAAUAAAAAUGGUGGUGUCUCCAUUCAUUCUCCUUCUUCCUUUUUUCCCAAGCCUGGUCUUCAAAAGGUUGGGUAAUUUGACAGCUGAGUUCCCCAGGCAGAGAAGAGAGCAACUUUAGGUGUAUUGGGACUGAGGGAGGAUGUGUGAAGCCUAACAUCAGUUGUUUUUAUAGACAGAGCUGCUGUGGUAUUAAGAACCUCAUUCUUUAUCUUUGCCUAAAUGGAAAAUAUAACCUAAUUGUAGCUUCCUUUGGCCUUUACUAAAGGGUGGUAUAAAUCACAGUAGUAGCAAAGAAAGUGACUCGGGAUAUAUUAAUGGCAGAUUAAUGGCAAAUACCUCCCUUAUAAUGAGUCUCGAAUCUCUUAUCAGGAUUUAAGAAUGUAAAUCAAAUCAAAUAUGCUUAGUCCAACCAAGCUAUGUAGCCAAGGACCUGAAAGAAAUUAGACAGGACCUAUAAAAUAAAUCAGGGAAUUAGAAAUUGUUAUUUAAAAUUUUCAAAUUAUAACUCACUCCACUAUAUCUUUCAGCCUACUAAAGCUCACUGCCAUUAGAUGAUUUUUGCUAAAAUACCUGUGUUCAGAGGAAGGCCUACUGAAAUUCCAUAGACUUGUAAAAGGUUGUCCCACCAAAGUGGCAAAUAUCCUGAAGUUAUGAAUGAGUUUGAAAAGCAGUGUAUUCUUAAGCCUUACACGAGCAGUAUCUUAAAAAAUUCAGAAAUUGCAAAGAUGGAAAUGAUUUGUGCUGAUUUGAAGAGCAUUUUAUGUGCAUAAUGCUGCCUCUCUUUGAAAAGUAUUGUUUAUUUUUCUUUUUAAAUAUGUCCCCAUAGAUGCUUUUAAACAUGGUUGUGUUCCCUUUACCAAGAUUGCAGGGAGCUGGACUUCACAAUAGGCAUGUCUUGCUGAGCAGGUAGAGCCUGCCCAGGCUCAGAUGCAGGGCUGCCUCAGGCGGCAGGAGCCAGCAUGGGAACUAGUUAUGGAGGAAGCUUAGCAUUGGAAUUUUCAAAACAAAAUUCAAGCUGAAACACUUUUUUCUUCCCUUUCUUUUCAGAAUAGGUUACUAUCUCAUUUGGAAAAGGGGAACAGACUUGAUCUCAAAUGAAGCUGUGCCCAGAAACCAGGCUCAGGGUAUUCUUGAGAGAUUUUUAUAGAGCCCUUAAAAAAUAAAAUAAAAACUUAGAAUUUCCCUUUUCUUCCUUUUUUCCAUCAAAUAGUUUUUUCUCUAGUUUACAAAUGACAUGAAAAAGAGGUUUUCCUCUGAGUUUUACUUGCUUUAUUUUUUGAUGCUUAGACUACAGAUAGACUUGUUGAGCUCCUAAGAAAAUACAAGGAAGAACUCCUUGUUUGUGCAAAGCACUUUAUGAGUAAUUUGUAUAGAUAGUAUGCGGCUGCUUCACUGAUCAUCUUGUAAGGCUGUAAUUAUCUGUUUUUUCUGUAAAGUGGCUGCAGUGCCUUCUGUAGUGUAUUUUAUUUUGGGUAAAGAGAGGUGAAGCCUUCUGAAAAAUUUGAGAUAAACCAUAAAACAUUGUUUUAAAAUAUGUAGUAUUUCUGAUGGACUUUUUCAUCGUUAAACUGCAGUCUAGGGUCUAGACUUUUGCCACUGAAAUAAUAUUGACCAAAAAGUAGUUCAUAAAAGAGAUUUGUGAAUAGAAAAUCCAAUGUGAUCAUUUGUACUUAUGUGCACCUUAAAAGAAGAUUCUUUCUAGCUGUCAAAUUCUGGUUCCUGAACAUCUAGUCCCUGAUUGUAUGUGAGAUCUGGUGGGACAUACGGGGGCAUCCUAGAGGACAAAAUCGCAUAUGAAGUAUGUGUGUUAUAUUUGUGUUGGUAUUGGAGAAGAAAGAGCAUUAUACAGUUAUAAAGAAAUAAUUCAAGACUUCAACACUGUCGACCUGAAACUUUGUAAAUAUUUCCUAGAUUCUCGUUUGGUGCAGUCCCAGCUCUUUUAUCACACAAUGUUAUCUUUUAUUCAUCAGGCAAUGUUCAAACUGCUGCACGCCCCUCCUCAGAUCUCACUUGCCCCUCCUGCACAUUCACCUCUCCAGCCUCAUGCAGACCUCAUCUAGCUUUGGUUUGAAACACAUUGCAGGGUUCAGGUGACUUCUUCAAAAAACUACCUCCUCAGAAUGAGGUAAUGAAUAGUUAUUUAUUUUAAAAUAUAAAAAGUCAGGAGCUCUAGAACAUGAAGAUGAUUUAGGAUUUUAUCUUUUAUGUGUACUUGUAUUUGAGCACUCUCCUUUUGUCCUAAAGGGCAUUAUACAUUUAAGCAGUAAUACUGAAAAAUGUAGCUCAGAGUUUCUGAAUGUUGUUGAAAGUGGUGCCAGAACCUGUAGGGGUACGUUUCAGAAUCUUGACCUUACGUCAGUUGCAUGAAAUUAAAUAGUUACGGUAUCACCUCAUUAACAGUGAUAUAAUUUUAAUUUUCAGUAGGCUUGGCAAGACAGUACAUCUUCAUAUGAGUUAGCCACAGCUUUGUCACAUGCACAGAUAUUCCUGUAGAGAGACUGCCCAGUUAAGAGGGUAGAAUGAUUACCCAUUUUGCAAGAUUCUCUUCUUUGUCCAAGUUGGCAUUGUUAGCGCUAGAAUAUCAGCACCUUGAGACUAGCAGAUUCCAACCAUUAGGCUAUUCAAAAAAAAAAAUAGCCAGGAAGGUUUACUGUGAGUAUGAACAGCAAAUAGCUUACAAGUCAUACGUUGAAAUGGUGUAGGUGAGGCUCUAGAAAAAUACCUUGACAAUUGCCAAAUGAUCUUACUGUGCCUUCAUGAUGCAAUAAAAAAGCUAAAAUUUUAGCAGAAAUGAGUGAUUCGUGAAGAAAGCAGCCACUCUGGUCUAACUCAGCUGUGUUAAUAUUUUUUAGAGUGCAAUUUAGACUGCAAAGAUAAAUGCACUAAAGAGUUUAUAGCCAAAAUCACAUUUAAAAAAUGAGAAAACACACAGGUAAAUUUUCAGUGAACAAAAUUAUUUUUUUAAAGCACAUAAUCCCUAGUAUAGUCAGAUAUAUUUAUCACAUAGAGCAAAUAGGUUGAAAUUGUAGUUCAGUGACAUUUCUAGAGAAACUUUUUCUACUCCCAUAGGUUCUUCAAAGCAUGGAACUUUUAUAUAACAGAAAUGUUUGACGUUUUAAGAAAGUGCUGUAGUUUAGGGUUGAAGCAAUGUAUGCUGGGCAGCAAUUGUGUAUUAGUGAGAAGCUGGAAAUUAAAAUAUAGGACCGAAUUUGAUUUGAUCAGUUUCCAGAGUACUGCUGUCAACCUAGACACUGAUUUUUCAAAGUUUGAAAUGUAAACUUGCCUCCCAGGACUUG